UUCUCUUCUAACCAAUCAGCAGCCGGUAGAUAUAAUAUGGGCGGAGACGACUACUUUUAAGUUAUUUUGGCUAACGCUAAAUGAUAUCGAGCGAACUGAUAGUGUUUAGUCGCAUUUAAUGUGUAUUUUCACAGGACAAACUAACACAAAUCUAGUAUCUACAACUUAUCAACAUGGUCCGGUUGGUUUUUUGGUAUGUUUUAGCUUUAGCUAACUUUCCCUGCUAGCCACCUGUUGAUUAGCGACCAUCUUUGUUUACAUAUAGCAUGCUAUCAUGCUACCUACUCGUUGAUAGUCAUGUAUCAUUUAUUCUUACAGUGUUUAACAAAUACCGCUAUGGGUACAUUUUUUCUCUACUCAAGAAAGGACGAACGGAUUGCUUACCACAACUGGCUCGUUGUUGAUUCCUUGGCUGGGUUGCAUGUUCCAGUUGGAUGUGCAGCAAUAAUGAUUUAACAAGCUGGAGACUUUGAUGAGUCUGCUUUGACUUGAGAGACAACAACGGGACUGCUGUAGUUCAUGCUAGCUAUGACAUGGAGUCUGUUUCUGCAAGGAGAAAGAUGAGGAAGAUGGGCUCUGUACGGCAAGAAAAUGCUAGUCUGACCAUGCAGGAUAUUCAGCUCAUCAGUGACCUUGACGCUACGCCCUAUGAACUCCUAUCCUCCAACUCUCAGGCCUGCCUGCGAUGCUCCAGGGUGGGGCCUGCUCACAAGGAGGCAGUCUUGAAUGAGCAGAUUUGUCAUCUUCAAGCAGAAGUGGAGACCAAAGCCAAAGAACUCAAGGCAGCAGAGCUGAGGGCAGAGCGUUGCCAGGAGGAAGCGGCUCACAGUGACAUCAUGGUAGUCAAUCUGACUGAGAAACUGGGCAGUGUCAGAGAGGAACUGGCCAACAAGACUGCACUGAGCAAAAGGGCAGAACAACAAAGAAACCAAGCACUUGAAAAUGCAGAGAAACUCAAAGAAGCUUUCAACGAGUAUAAGGCCACCAUUGCCAUUACAUUUCAAAAGGUGAUGGAGAAUGAAAACAAAUUAAAAACAAGUCUCACUGAGUGUGAUGGAGAAAAAGAAGAGCUUGAAAUAAAGUGCGCUGUGCUGGAGAGAGAGAAAGCAGGGCACUGUGAAACCAUCAGCCAGCUGAAGGAGGAGGUGAGGCACACAAAGACAUUGGCUGCCGAGCAUUCUGCGCUCCAAGCCCAGCUGGAGGAUGCCGGGCGACGGAGCUCAGACCUACGGAGACAGCUGAUAGAGCGCAGCGCCGAGUGCAAGGAGCUGGUUUCUCUGCGCAAGGAACUGGAAGACUUGCGGACGCUGACAAAGAACCAGGAGCAGUGUUUGGCCCUCAGCCACAAAGCAGCUCAACAAAGCCAAGCAGAGACAGUCAGCCUGGAGGCAAUAAUAUCUCUUCUGCAUCUACGAGAGGAUGGUGUGGGGCCACUGUGUGUCAGGCCGUGCAUGCUGCCCCCGGUGGACUAUCCGAGAAGCACAGACAUGCUGAAGCUUAAACCAGGUGAAGGUUACAGGCAGCUACUUCAGGUCCUACAGGUGAAGGAGGUUGAGCGCGCUAAACAAAGCAGCCUGGUUGAGCGACUUAAAGAGCGUGCGAGCCGCGCUCAAGAGGAGAUUUCCUCCCUGCAGGCUCAAAGAGCUUCCCACUCCCAGAACCUUCAGGCGGAGAUGAUGGACAAAGCCAACCAAGCCUUGGCCACAGAAAAAGAAUUAAAGAGAAAGGGUGCCCGAAUUGCUGCGCUGGAGAAUCAGUUGCAGGAAAAAACGUCAUCAUACAGUCAGGCUGCACUGAAGAAUACUGACCUGGAGAAGCAGCUACAGGAGAAGACGAGCACUCUUCAGCAUUACCAGUCACUGAUGAGCAAAAAGCAACGGGAGUACCAGCAAUCUUUGGAGAAGGCUAAACAAUCACACACUCAACAAUGCACGGAGCAGCAGCACAGAAUAGACAUGUUGCAGUUGUCUGUGGACCAGGCUCAUUCCCGGGUAUUGAACAUGGAGCAAGAACUGCGUUCUCUUCAGAGAGAGCGAGAUGAGGCACAAGCUGCUGCUUUUCAGCUUCAGACCUCUGUAGAGAAGCUGACACAAGAAAAGCACAUUGGAGUGAGGCACAAUGAAGAGUUGCUCCAGAGUUUGAAAGAACAGGCGGCCAACUCUGCUACCAAGGUGUGUGAGCUCCAGUCGUCCCUAUCGGCCUGCAGAGAAGAGCUGAUGUCGCAUCUGCAGCAGAUGGAGGAGACAAAGAAGAGCUAUGAGGAUGAUCUGCAGAGAUCCAAAGACAAAGUGUGUUCACUGCAGGAAAAACUCAAUGGAGUCACACGGGUGGCCGACAGCUCCAGUGAUCAAAACCUGCAGCUUCAACUUUCUCUGCAGCAGCUGCAGACGAUGCUGACCGAGAGCACGGCCCGUAUCGCUGAACUGGAGGACAGCCAGAGUCAGCUGCAACAACAGGUGUCCACUUUGGAGCAGCAGCUGGCGCGAGCUCGGGUGUCUCUACAAGAUGAGGUGAGGAACAGACAUGAAGAGACCGAGGAGAGAGAUAAGUACUUGGAUGACAUCAAGCAGAAGAACACUCAACUGUCUGAGACUCUCGACCAGGUGAAAUCAGACACGAGAAGCUUCCAAGCGGAGCUCAGGUCUAAAGAGUCUGAGCUGCACCAUCUGCAGAAGGAAGUCGCCAUCAAGACGUCUCAGAUCAGCAACAUGGACAAGAGCCUGCAGCACGCAAGGAGCCAGCUUGAAAACAAGAAUGACUUGGUGGCUGACCUGGAGGAGAAACUCCAUCGCUGCGAGGCCGACAAGCAGAACUGUGUCAAAAAGGUCCAGCUCCUCGAGGGCCAGCUGCAGACGGUGCACGGAGAGUUGGCUGAGACGCUAGCGCAGCUGCAUUUGCUCAAAGAUGUCCUGCAGAGAACACAAACUAUGGCUGAUGAGCGGCAAGUGGAAGUAGAAAAACUGAGCAUACGUCUUAGUGAGACCCGGAGGGAUUUGGAGGAAAGAACUCAUGAGGUUUUAGACCUGGACACUGCACUGAAGGAAAGACAGGGGGAGCUCCAGCAAAGAGCAAAUCUGCUGGCCCAGCUGGAUGUGGUCAUCCGGGAGCACAAGCAGGAGAUGGAGAGGAAGGUGGAGUCUCUGCAACAGAGCGUGGAGGCCAAAGAGAAAGAACUUAGAGAAGCGCGACAAGAGCUCGUGGACAGAAAGAAACUUGAGACGUUACUACAUGAUUCUCAGUGUCAGCGUGACGCUCUCACCACAGAAGUGGACGCCUUCAAGCUGCAAGAAAAGGAGAUGGAUGUGAGGCUGCGUCAUGCAGAGGAGGAGCUGGCUCUGAAGGAGGCGCGCUGGCAGCAGUCGGAGGCCAAGUUCCAGGACAUGGUCACUUCUUUAGAGCAAGAGUUGGAACUGGAGCAGGACCAGCACAAUAGAGAGCUGGAGUCCCUCCAGCGGAACCGAGGUCACCUCCUCAAGGUGUCCACCACCAUGCGCUCCUCCCAGGAACAGCUCACCUCUAAACUCCAGCAGUGUCAAGCCCAGCUGGAGCAAACUAAGAGUGAGCUGGACCGCACCGCGGGCCACGCCAGUCAUCUGCAGAGCCAGUUAGAACAGAGCCAGCACCGUUUCCUUCAGACUGAGACCCAGCUGGAGGAAAGCAGGGUUUUGUACAAGCGGGUUAAAGCUCAGAACACUCAGCUUCAAGUCCAGCUGGAGCACCUCAGUGCUCAGUUACAGCAAACCAGAGUCCAAUGGGGUCAGCUUGAGUCCUCCAUGGAGACCUCCAAUAAGUCCCUGCUCAUCAAGGAUCCUGAGGUGAUCCAUCUCCAGGCUGGAGUCUCCAGUCAGGAGCGAGCAGCGGAAUGUCAGAAUCCAGCUGUGUACGACGGGACGAGCCCCCUGCCUUCUCUCUGUAAAUUCGUUCACUCCCCUCCUGCUCAGCACUCCUCCACUGUCCACUCACCCUCACGUGCUCACAGGACUCCCCCCAAAAGCAAAAACACAAGCUCACCCCCGGACGACGCCGGCCUGCAGCUGCUGCUGCAAAGCUGUAGCAAUGACACGUCCUUGGAUCUCCCACCUAGCCUGAAGGCCACGCUGAGGGAGGCGCAGUCGUGGGGGGGGUCCUACUCGGACACAAUAGACCACAGCUGGCACGGCCUCAGCAGCACCGAGCCCGCGUCAAGCUGCGAGCGCUCCUUCGACCCUCUCACCUACAUGGUGGCUGACACGAGCACAGAGCUCACCAUGAUACAGGAGGGAGGCCACGAUGUCACUCCGGGUGCGGACGCCAGCUCUUUGACAGGAAUGCUGAGGUUUGUCAAGCAGACGUUAGCCAAUCAAGAAGAUCCAUCCUUGUGGAGUUCUGAGGCGUCCUCGCAGAGUGGAUGCAGCCUCCAGCUCAGUGGGUGUGGCUUGUACACCUGAAUUUAUAGCACCUUGGAACAUGAUUGGCAUGAUUGGAUUGGAGUCAGCACUUUUGUCAGUCGGUGUCGUCUCGGUGGGUGGAGGCGGGGCCGGUGGCAUACACAGAGUGCAGAAGUAGUAGAAAUGAAAUCAGUAUGUGUGUCAUACACAUGGUUGAUGUUUGGUUUCAAUUGGGCACAUUUUCUUGGAGGCGUGUAUUUUUUGUAGAAAAACACGAGAAAAACAUGCAACCUCCACACACACUUGACUGUGAGUCUGUGGUGAGUUGAUACAAUAUUGAUAUUGAUUGAUAUGAAAAACCCUCAAAAGGUCAGUUUGGCUUAAGUAUGGUGACAAAGACAAACUUUGAAGAGAGACUUAAGAUUCCUGAUUGUAUUUCUAAUUCUAUUUCUACCCAAUUCCACGUGAUUGUGGAGGCUCCACUACUGCUUCCUGCCCCUUAGCUUUUGUUUGGUUAGGCCUGACAUGCUAGCAGCUUAAUCCAUCCUGACUCGUGGCAUUGUUGCUGAGGAUGUGCACCAUCAGCUCUCUCUUGCCAGGCUCUGGCCCGGUGCGUGUCACUUCCUGUUCAACAAUAACACUGGUCAGACGACCCCCAUUCUGGCACCAGCCAGGUCUCACCGCCCGCAUGUAAACAAAUGACUUCAUUGUGGAAGCAGACAUUAUUAAGACAUUAUUAGGUUUUUAGUGAUGAUAUAACAGUAAAAAUGUGUCCCUCGGAUGUGUUUAUGAAUGUAAAUCUGUUGUUUGCUCCACAUUUACGAUAAGAGGCGCUCCAAUUGUAACUUCUGAAAUCCUACUUCCUCGUGCCACCUAUG